CCCUAGGGGGGGGGAUGGAUCCAUGCCACAGGGACCCAGGCCGGCGUUUCGUCCGCAUCCAUCCCGUCCCAUCUCAUGCCCAGCCCCAAUCCCAUCAUCCCUCGUGUUGCUGGCUUGGCUCUGUUUUUUCCUUUCUUUCCUGUCGACCUGUCGAACCGUGGGCUUGGUAUUUACCAUCCGUUCAUAUCUCAUCUGCGCGGUGACACAAGAUUCUUCACACAGUCGGUCGUUCAACUACACACACGUACACACUCGCACGCACACUACUACCACACACACCUCCUCCUCCUCCAACCCCCAUCACACACACACUCUCUCUCUCUCUCCCACACCUCGUCUCGUGGGAUCGUUUCCGUCGUUCGUUAAAAUCCGGAACAAGAGAGACAAACCUUCGUUGCCAAGCACGCGCCGCCGCUGCUUGCAUCAUUCCACCCUGAACCUACUACUGCCCGUCCGUCUGCAGCCCACUCGCCCCGACGCAUGCGGCAGGACUACGAAGCCGGCAGUAUGAACGGGUAUCAGGGAUACCGCGAGGGGGACCAGGAAAGGGAAUAUAGAGAAAUGGUCGAGAUCGACGUCCAGCAACACCAUCCGCAACAACACCAACAGCAGCAGCAGCAGCAGCCGCAGUACUUCCAGGACCAGCACUUCCAGCAACACCAGCAGCAACCUGCCCCGGCGUAUCAACACUACGAGCAGCCCUACGAGCAGCAGCCGUACGACGACCCCCAGGCACGCUCCGGCGACCAGCAGUAUCCCCAGCAGUAUCCUCAGCAGUCGCAGUCGCAGCAACGGCCGAUGCGGCCCACGCCCGCCCACGUCGAGGACUACUCGUACGUGUCUCCGGAAUGGCCUCUGUCUGCCGGCGGGAGCCCCAACCCGCAGUACUUUGCUGAUACGCCCGGCGGCUCUCGCUCGGGCACGCCGUCGCUGAGGAGCGGCCGGGCGACUCCCCUCGACGCGCCGCAUCGUCACCCGCACUCGUCGGUCGAUUGGAGACCAUCCAGCCUCAUGAACCAGAGCCACCUCAGUCUCGCCGCUCUGCUGCCGGGAUCGACGCCGGGAUCGUCGCCGCCCAAUGCCUCCAAGGACUUUGGCGAGCACCACUCGAUCCAGCAGGUGCACAACCGCGACGACGUGGAGAUCUGGAAGGGCUGGAAGCGCCAUCUGUACACCAUGGUGCCGUUCCUGACCAUCAUGAACACGCUCCUGUACCUGGGAUACCUCGCUCUGCGCAUCAUGUGCGUCAUCUGGGCGCAGAAUGCUCAGAACGCCGUCUACGCCACUGCUUGGAUCUUCAUUGGUGUCGAAGUGGCCACCGCGAUCCCCUCGCUCAUGCACAACACCUGGACCAUGUGGUCGAUGAAGAAGCGCCAGCGCCCGAAGUUGAGACUGACUGGCAACGACUGCCCGACCGUCGACGUCUUCAUCACCUGCUGCGGCGAGGAGGAUGACCUCGUCAUGGACACGGUGCGAGCCGCCGCCGACCUGGACUAUCCCACCGACCGAUUCCGCGUCGUCAUCUUGGACGACGGCAAGUCGGCCGGUCUCGAGAGCGCCCUGCAGUCUCUGUCUCACCAGUACCCCAACAUUCACUACAUUGCGCGUCUCAAGGUCCCCGGUGUGCCGCAUCACUUCAAGGCCGGUAACCUCAACAACGGUCUGGACCAGAUGCAUCUUCUCCCCGGCGGCGCUGGACAGUUCAUGGCCGCGCUGGACGCCGAUAUGAUUCCCGAGCGAGACUGGCUCCGUGCUGUCCUUCCUCACCUGCUCGUCGACCCCAAGAUGGCUCUCGCCUGUCCCCCCCAGCUCUUCUACAACACGCCGCCUUCGGAUCCCCUCGCCCAGAGUCUCGACUUCUUCGUCCACGUCAUUGAGCCCAUCAAGGACGCCCUCGGCGUGGCCUGGUGCACUGGAUCCGGCUACGUUGUGCGCCGCGAGGCCCUCGACCAGAUUGGCAACUUCCCGCUUGGUUCGCUCGCCGAAGAUGUCGCCACGUCGACGCUGAUGCUCGGAAAGGGCUGGAAGACUGCCUAUGUUCACGAGCCGCUUCAGUUCGGAACCGUCCCUGAGGAUUACGGUGGUCAUCUCAAGCAGCGAACCCGAUGGGCCAUUGGAACUGUCGACACGUCGUUCAAGCUCAAGUUCUGUCUUUACGGCGACAAGGUCAAGGAGAUGACCUUCGCGCAGCGCUUCUCGGGUUUCCUGUACGCGUCGCUCAGCAUGUACACCAUCCUGCUCACCAUUUCGCUCUUCGCCAUCCCCAUCAUCCUCGUCAUGGGCAAGCCGCUGGUGGCCUACGCCAACAACGAGCAGCUGCGAUGGCUCAUCUGGGGCUGCUUCGCGUCCGUCAUCAGCAACCGCCUGUGCGAGUUUGUGCUCUUCAUCCCCGCCGGAUACCACACCGGCCAGCGCGGUUCGCGAUACCAGCUCUGGAUGUCGCCGUACAUUGCGCUGUGCAUCAUCCGCUCCUUCAUCCUGCCCACCUGGCUCGGCGGCCAGACGCAGGCCUUCAAGCCUACCGGUUCUCUGGGCUCGGCGCUCAACGAGCGUGACGCGAAGCUCCGCAAGGGCAUGUUCCGCCGUCUCUGGGGCAUCCUGUUCAACUUUAUGGCAUUCUUCCACCUGGCGUUUGUGUAUCUCACGCUCGUCGGCCUGGUCAUGACGACGUACCGCUGCUUCUACCGCGAGCGCAACUCGGACCUCUACGACACGCUCAUCAGCCUGCUCACGCACGCCUUCUGGCCGCCGCUGACCUUUGUGUUCCUGUGCAGCUCGCUGUGGACGCCCAUCUCGUACGCCAUCGACCCGCCGACGAUGCCGGACCGCGAGGAGCUGCUGGACCGCGAUCCCAAGACGCGAGUCGCGCACCCGACGCGCUCCAGCAAGAAGAUUGCCUUUGGCGGGCAGGCGGCGUGGUUCGAGUUCGAGCUCACCUUUACCACUGUCUACACGAUCCUCAUCUUCGUGUGCUCUUUCAUUUUUUACAAAUCCUCCUAAACCCUAUUAAUGACCUGUCACGAUAAUGUACGAGGGGGGCGAGGCGGAGCCCCGGAGAAUUCCGCAGCAAUUAGACAAACACACCAGCAACAAACACACUACUGUACGUAGCCAAUAGAUAGAGGUCGCCCUAGACGGGAGACGCGAGAACAUCGAACAUCAACAAUACACAGACGCAGAUAAUUAGCAUGAAUUGGAUAAUUGAAAUCAACGACGGGGAGUCUGUCUGCUUUAUCAAA